GGUUCCGUGCCCACAUACCUAAGUACCGUUGCUGUUCCCGUCGACGGAGGAUCCCACGCUAUCGUGUCCUAAAGCUGAACGUGUAACACUCGAGCCGUGAGCGCGAAUACCCGAACGACUGCCACUACGAGUGCCUGACCGCUGCUGUCCUGUCACUCGCGUGCGUUAGCUGCGAGGCUAACAGUAGCAGGCACUCCAAUGUGGUGGUCCAUCAGGAUGAUUUGUCAGGAGGGUCCCGCGCCGUCAUCUUCAACCCGGACUACUUUGUGGAAAAGCUCCGCCACGCGAAUGCCGACAUGUUCCUGGAGCUCGUGUUGAGCAACAUCACUCGCCUCAUUGACCUUCCUGGCGCCGAGUUCUCCCAGCUCCUCGGCGAGGAGGGCCCCAAGACCCCCGGAUUCUUCCGCUCGCUCAACUUCCUCAAGCGCAAAGAUAAAGGCGCCAUGUUUGGGACUGCGCUGUCAGAGAGUGGCGUGUCUCACAUGUACCGGCUCAUUGAAUACCUCAGUAAAAAUCUGCAUGUGGAGGGUUUGUUCCGGGUUCCGGGCAACAGUGUGCGGCAGCAGGCCCUGAAGGAGCUCCUGACCAGUGGGGCCGACGUGGACCUGCAGUCUGGAGGAUUCCAUCCCAACGACGCAGCCACACUGCUCAAGGCAUUCCUGGGGGAACUGCCCGAGCCCCUGCUCACGCACAGACACUUCCACGCCCACCUCAAGAUCGCUGAGAUGACGCUGCUGGACGAGCAUGGCAACAAGACAUCGGCGCCCAACAAGGAGCGUCAGACUGAGGCCCUGCAGCUCCUCUUCCUCCUCCUGCCGCCGGCCAACCGCUCCCUGCUCAAGCUGCUGCUGGACCUCCUGUACCACACCGCCAAGCAACAGGAUGCCAACAAGAUGUCCGCCUUUAACCUGGCUCUCAUGUUUGCCCCACACGUGCUCUGGCCACGACAUAUGACAGCCAACGACCUGAAAGACCAUCUGAAGCCCCUCAACAACAGUAUGGCCUUCCUCAUCAGACACUCACAGAAACUCUUUAGGGCCCCAGUGUACCUGAGGGAACAUGCCAGAGCCCACUUCAUGAAGACCACCGCCAUGCGGAGCAAGGAUGACCUGGAGCUGUUGUCACUGAGCAGUCGCCCCGGCCGGCGGGUGGCGUCGCCUCUGAAGCGGCGGGCGGGUGGUCUCGGGGGCACUCCGGAUCAGUGCCCGUCGCCCGCUCAGCAGUAUACAGAGGAGGCGCUCAAGGAGCUCUUCAGACACGUGCACCACAACAUGCCCGACUCGGCUAAGAAGAAAAAGCUGGUCCGACAGUUGGUCAAACAAACCACCUCAACCACCAGCCAGCACGAUGGGCCCAGCAAGAAGCGCCCGCGCUCUCGCUCAUUUGGAGGACUCAUCAAGCGUAAAGCUCGAACCGAUCAGCUGAUGCCGGACGUCGUCGCCAGGGCAACGCACAAACGCGAGAGAGAAAAUGUCAACAUGCAGCAGGUGAAAAGUCCUCUGAAUGGUGGCAGGCACUGCAGGGUGGGGCUAGUGUUGAAAAAUCCUGACUUUGACUUUCACAGGGACAAAGCUGUGAAAAUGUACAAGGACACACCCUCAUCUGUGGCCAGAUUGUUCUCGCCAUCUCAGGAGGUUUCGCUGUAGACGCCGCUGCAGCCGCCAAUUCCUUCAUCCUGCAGCUCCAGCACUAUGACAUUUUCAAACUAUUAAUCUGUCUUAAUAUUGUACUAUUGUUUACUCGUACUGGACACUUCAGUAGGUACACCAGCUCAUGCUAGUCAGGUGUCACUCGUGAAAUGGCCGCUGAGUCUUUCUGACUGACAUCAGCUACCAUGGUAAUUUGAGAGUUUAAAAAUAUUUUUAACACUUUGUGGUACUUUCGGAUUUAAACAGGCCCAUUUCAAGUCAAACCAUGAUUUUUAUUUUUGUAUUUUUAUUUAAAUUAUUAUUAUUUUUUAAGUAUAUUUUGGGUUUUUCGUUUCAAAAAAUGUGAAUUGUUGCGAGUGUACAAGCGAUGACCGCUAGCUAGCUUAGCCCACAAUGACUGUCCUGUUCAUAAGUUACUAUCGUACAGGAAGUGACGACCGCUAUAUACCUUGGGAUUUCUUAGCUUUACCUUGUUUAAUUGACCACUACCAUACAGAAAGGCAUGACUGCUAGUUAGCUAAGCCUUGACGGGCUCCACCAUUUAAGACUACUAUCAUAGUGGAAGUGCUAACUGCUAGAAAGCAUAGUCUCUGUAAACUGUGCCAUUUAUAAGUGACCACGACCAUACAUAAUAGCCACUUUUGUAAAAUACUAUCCUUAUUGUUGUUGUUAUAAUUACUAUAUAUAAAAAAACCUUACUAUUCAGGAUGUGAUGACCAUCAGCUGUCACAGACGGUAGUGUUUAUAUAAACAACUGUUACCAUACAGGAAGCGAUGGCCACGAGCUCGCUCAGACUUCGUAGACUACACUGUUUAUAAAUGGCUGCCACUGUACAGGAAGCUUUCACCACCAUCUAGCGUAGCGUUCUCAGACUAUGCGGUUUAUAUAUGACCACCUCAGUACAGCAAGUGGUGACAUGCUGGCAGCUUACUAUUCGUCAACUCUACUGUUUAUAUAUGACUGCCACCAUACAGGAAGCUAUGACCACCACCUAGCUUAGCCUUCACCGACGGUACUGUUGAUAAACAAUGACUACCAUACAGUAAGGUAGUUAGCAUAGAAUUUGUGGACAGUACUGUUUGUAAAUGGCCGCUAACAUACAUGACGCUAUGACCGCUAGCUAGCUGAGCCUUGACAGACUGAUUGGGUGACUUGACUAGAUACAGUCACCUCUAGUCAAUAUGACAUAUAAUGAUUAUUGACAUGUUGUCGCCAUGUCAAACUACCUGCAUUUCCCUGUUGGCAACAGGCAGCUCCAACCAAUCAAACACAGUUUAUGAAGAAAAUGUAAGUACUGUAGUCUGUAUGCCGUUUGUUUACAGGUAGAAUUGCUGUUACUGGUUUUAUUUUGUUACACUUUUUUUGGGUCCGUUUUUCCACAUUUGGUCAGCUAAAUGUUUGAGUGAGCAGAGAAGUGGACCUUUUUUGCGUCUAAACUGGAAAGGAGGGAUGUUGUUUGGGUGGAAUGGGGGCAGUCAUAUGAGGCUGUGAAUCUAAAGUCAUCAGCGUAAGUGAGAGCCAGUGAUUGGGUGGCUUUGUGGAAGAAUCCCAGCAGGCUUUGCGCUUCCUGGCCCCUGACUGAGUGGAAUUAUGGCGGCGGCGGGCAUUUUCCCAAAUUUUGCGCCUGGUUGAGGCUUGUAUGGAAAACCUGAUAUUUUAUCCGAUAUCCUACUAGUGCACUGAAUUGUCCAUGUACCAUCUUUAUGCGCUUUGUCCUCAUUAGUAAGACAAUUCAGCAUACUAGUAGAACGACUGUCUUACUAGUAAUGUUUUUUUCCCUCAAUACUGACUUCCACUACUGUAUUCUAUUUCUGCACACUGGUUUACAUUUGAAUACUUCUAAUACUACUAGUGAAGAGGUAGAUCUUUGCUAGUAAGAUUUUAUAUCACUAGUACUACUAGUAUCACGCAGUUGUGAACUAAUGCACAGUUUUGCCUCACAGGUAACAUAGUUCUACUAUUGCACAGAAUUGUCUUACUAGUUAGGACAAAGAAUGUACUAGUACAUGGACAAUUCUGCACACCACAAGAAGUUCUUGCAGCACGUGGAUGUGAACUGGUGCAUAGUUUUGCCUGACUAGUAAAGUAGUUUUUCUAGUAUGCACUAUUCGUUCUAUUUGUGUACAGAAAUGUCCUACAGUAGUGGGGGUGGAAAAACACCACGAGUAAGUCAAAUGCUCAACUACUCCGGCAUGGUCAAUCUUCAAGUGCGCUGAAUUGGCUUUCUUGUGAUGACAAAACGUCUGCUAGUACAUGGACAAUUCAGCGCACUAGUAGGUUAUCGAUGAAUGGCCGAGAAGAUAUACUACUUUCAGUUUAGGGAAAGUUUUAUGCAGGUUGUGUUAAUGUGUUUGUGGAACGUGCAAAAUGAACUUCCUCGUCAGAAUUGAUUAAGUCGGCAGCAUUAACAUACAAACUUAAUGUUUACCUGGGAACUUUUUUUUUUUUUUUUUUUUUUUUUUUUUUGUGUGAGAAUCUUAACUUGUUGUCGUGUGAAUGUGAAAUGUUUGUGUUAUGUUUACUAGAGUCAACCUAACGAGCCUUUGGGAGAAACUUCCUCUUUCGGCGUUGUGAUCUUUUCUUGUCAAAUUUUAGAAUUAAAUAACAUGUUCACUGGCCCAAGUCCACUUUUGGAUUAAAACUUUUCUUAAAAACUCUUAUUUUCUCUCUGUCCGCGUUCAUUGUGAAUCAAUUCGAGCUCAUCAGCAGCCUAUCAGCCAGUCCCUUACGAAGCGCAUCUGUAAUGCUCCUAUUUGUCCACCAGAGGGAAACCUGUCGCAACAGUGGCAGUACUUGCCCUCGCUGCUGGCGAUGACGUCACCUGAACCGUUGGUCACGUCAUUAGAUUCAAAAUGACCAUGAAAAACGGUGUCAUUAUUUUGAGUGAUCGAAAAGUAUUUGUAUUGUUGUAGUUUUCAUCAGGUGUACACCUUUUUCUAAUAUUUUGACUCUCCUAGAUACAUUAACAGAGUGCGCACGGAGCCUUUAAAAGUUAGAGAAUUCGAUUUUUGGAAAUCUAAUCCUGAAUUGUAAAUAAAUGACAGAUGGGUUUUCAUGUCUAUUUCAAAUGGAAUAUUGAAAAUGUCUUAAAUAGCUAUAUGGCAAUGUAUGUGGGAAAGCACUGACGACCGCUGGUUAGCUUAGCCUUCGUAAACUGUACUUGGGUAUGUUACUGAAAAUGUCAAACCACCUGUCGAUCAAAAUAGAGGAUACCAUUGGAUAGACAUUUGAAAUAAAAUAAAAUGAGGCCUAGUUUGUAAGAAUAAACGUUUUUAUGCCACUUUU